AUGACUGUGCUUUCACGGAUCUUGUCUGCGUCCAUUCUGACGCUUCCUUGCCUUGUGCAGGCCUACACCCUCAAAACUGACUACAUCGGGAACAACGCUGACGGCUUCUUCGACAAGUUCACCUUCUGGACCACUGAUGACUUAACGGGUGGCUAUGUCGAUUAUGUCGGCAAAGACACGGCCCAGUCCCAGGGACUGAUCUCUGCCAACGACGGUACUGUCUACCUGGGCGUCGACAGCAGAUGGAAAGCCACUGGUCGUGGCCGCAUGUCUCUUCGUCUGACGUCCACUGAGACCUACAACCCUGGCACCCUGUUCGUAGCUGAUGUAGCUCAUAUGCCCGAUACCUGCGGUACAUGGCCCGCUUUCUGGACGACCUCUUCGUCUCACUGGCCUGACGAAGGAGAGAUCGAUAUCAUCGAAAAUGCCAACAACGCAGCGCAGAACCAAAUGUCUCUCCACGUCAGCGAAAACCAAGGCCAAUGCAAGAUCGCUCCCAACCCGCCCAUGAAGGCCCAGAAGGACCGGUGGGAUAACUGCUUGGAGGAGCAGACUGGGGGCUGUGAUGCCAAUGAUAACAACGCCAAGGCCUUUGGAAGGGGCUUCAACGACAACAAGGGUGGUGUGUACGCUAUGGAGUGGACAGGAGACCACGUCCAUAUCUGGUUCUGGGAGCGUCAGGAUGUCCCUACCGAUAACAAUGGACCUCUAGGCCAGUCUCCCAACCCCUCGACGUGGGGCACGCCCAUUACUGCCUUUGACAGCGAGAACGGCACCGGAUGCGACAUGACCAAGCAUAUCAAGAAUCAGCGCAUCGUUAUCAAUACCGACCUCUGCGGUCGCUGGGCUGAGGGUACUUGGGGAAAUGGUUGCAAGCAGGUCACUGGCAAGAAGACGUGCAAGGAGUACGUCCGCGACGUGCCGCAGGACUUCAGCACUGCCUACUGGACUUUCAACUCGCUCAAGGUCUAUACCUAG